GCAGUCUCGCAGCGACUGCGAACGCGUGUGUUGACUCGCGCUAUAGGACAAUCGAAAAAUCGAAUACGGACUGUGUGUUCUGUGCAUUACAAUUACUUUUUUCUUUUUUUUUAACCCAAGCGGCCUAAUAGACAACGAAUUUAAGUUUAGAAACCCAACAUUUUAAUUAUUAAAAAGUAUUUAUUGUUUUUUUGUUCACCGCACUCUGUCAAGGACGCGUAAUUAGGAAAUUUUUAUGGCGAUUAAAGUGCGUUUUUUUAUAUCGAUAAGAUAAUAAUUUUAUUAUUGUAAAAAGCGUCACCUGUGUGGCGUAACGUGUCCAGUGAUCGAUUGAUUUUAUAGAUUUUCUUUGGUGGUCAAGUGCAGUUUACACUAAAUUGUGUGCCAGUUUGGAUUUUAGUGCGCGGAGCUCAACCCACGAACAAUGCCAACCGACCACAGACAAACAAUAGGGCGCGAUUAUUAAAAAAAAAAUAGGAAAAGAAACCACAAACAUGUCAACACACACACGAAAGAGGUCGACCCGGUGACUAGCUUUCGUAACCCAAUAAGAGAUGGCGCUGUUAACAAACUCGUCGGCGAGCGGACCCACUGCAUCGCCGGCGGCACCCCAGGCCCAUCACUCGACCACGCCGCUACAUCACUACUUUCACUACCUGAAGCAGCCGUCACCGUUAGCCCAGAACCCCUACGCCCACCAUUCGAGCGCCCAUCACAUGGGCAUGGGUCCUGGGCCGCUUGGUGGGCUAGGACCUUUUGGGUUGACGCACCACGGGCUAGAGGCUGUUGGAUUUCCUCAAGGUGUAAACCCGAGGAAGCAAAGGCGGGAGAGGACAACGUUUACGCGCGCGCAACUGGACGUGCUCGAGGCUUUGUUCGGCAAGACCAGAUACCCCGACAUCUUCAUGAGAGAAGAGGUAGCCCUGAAGAUCAACCUGCCCGAGUCCAGAGUACAGGUCUGGUUCAAGAAUCGCCGGGCGAAGUGCAGACAACAGUUGCAGCAACAGACCAACUCGCAAAUCUCCACCAAAUCCUCCUCCAGCUCCAAAACCAUAUCCUCAAGCAACUCCAUCAAGAGCUCGUCCAAAAUAACCACCUCGAAAGCAUCCUCAAACUCCGCAAACACCCCUAGCAUAACAACAUCCUCACCCAACCUUCCCACCCCAACAACUUCCGUGAGUCCACCAAUCAACGUUAUAUGUAAGAAAGAAUCAGCUCCUAACUACGAUUCGUCUCCUUUGAACAAAAAUCUAUCCACCCACCAUUAUACUAACGACGCAUUAAGAAUCACCAAUAAAGAAUCCUCACCAUCAGACAACAUUUCCAACGUCCACAACUAUGGGGUAACUCCCAAGCAGGAGUUAUAUAAUAGCCCGAAAAGGCUAGAUUACUCCAGCAAAGUUGAUUAUACGGAAAAAUCUUUCGGUUCCAACCUGGUGAAAGACCAGUAUAGCUCGAGAUUGACUGGGAAUUUAACUCCUCUAGGGUCUAAUUCGUCGAUAAUGACCACUCCAUCCCCUCCUAUUACCCCCCAGAGUCUGAACGGUCCAGGGAACGUCUACCACCCGGACAGCUACAACAGCUUCCACUGGCCUGGCAGCUCGGACUACAUCAGGAGUUACUCCAGUUCGCACCAUCAUCAGGGAUAUGGGCAAAGCGCGUACAAUUCCCCGUACUACCCUAGUCAGAUGGAGUACUUCAACGGGUCAUCGGUCAACCAGUCGCACGGCAGCCACCACUCACACAACCUGACAGCCAACGGCAACCAGUUGUACAACCAAGUGUCUUUCGGCAACCCAUCCCCUCCAGCGGCCUGGCCAUCCCACCACAACAUCCUCUCUUCAGGCCCGGAGUCACCAGAAAACCAAUCCCAAAACUCCCCUCACCUUAGCAUGCUUCAAGCAUCGCAAAUUACGAACUUUUCUAACUCAGGAAACAGCUAUUUUGCUCCAGAGAAAUACGGUAUAAAUAUGGUGUAGUGUCCUCUAGUCUUUUCCCUAUAGGUUAUUCUUAUUGUAAAUAUGUCACCUAUUAAUUCUAUUUAAUUUAACGGUGGGUGUAUAUUAAACUGUUUAUUCAAAGUUCUUUGCUUUCGUACUUAUUACAAAAAAAAAAUAAAAAAAAUUGUCUAUGAUCUGUUUUUUUUUUUAUUUAAAAAAAUACUGUCGUCGGAUUUACGAUUGCGUUCAAAAAUUGUCGUAAUACUUUUGUGUACUUUUCGGUUUUGCUUUCGAUAAAGUGUUGGACUGAAUUUUGAAUGUUUUCGAAAAUGCGAUUUAAGUACCAACAUAUCAAAUUUUAUUUAAUUAGAACUGCGUUUUACAGAGCAAAUUGUAUUUGGAUAAAUUGUUUAAAGACUAUAAUUUUCAAAGGAGAAUUCCUCUUGUAAUUUGAAUUUUUGGCCGAAACUUAAAAUCAUUCUAUGAUCGGAUGUAAUUUAUUAUUAUGGCAACACUACUAUUAAUUUAAAAUCAGAUCAUAAAAUUAUUUAAUGCCAGUUUUUAAUUUAUAAUAAUCUCCUAUAACUCAUCUAUCUUUGAAACAAGAGUGAUAUUAAUAUUUGCCCAAUUUUUAAAUUACAAUCGAGCUACCCAAUUAAGACUUUAAUUUAUAAAGCUGCUUAUUAAUAAAAUUUAACGAUUGUCAACGAAAUGGAUAAAAUCACGAAGGCCUAAUUAUUUUAACGUGGCUUAAAGUUGCCAUAUGAAAAAAAAACUAUGCAAUUUAAAGUAUCUUGUUUUUGCUUGUACAUUCCCUUGAGUCAUAUCACUUAUAUUUUAAGAAAAUACUUAAUUUUAGAGUAUGACGACGCUUGGAGGAUAUGCGUAAAUUUUAUUAUUAUUAUUGUAUAUAAAAAUAUGUGUAAGAGUUUUUAUUUUUAAAUGAAAUUUGUAAAUGUGCGUGCUACUAUUGUAUAUGUGAAAUAAAUUGUGUAGACGGUAUUAAUUAAGUGUUAACUUUAUUAGCGAAUCAUAGAUACGUAUUCUUUUGGGCUCUCAAUAAGUUUUUUUUUAUCAAUUGACUUUAUUUUAUAUCUUAAUCCCAGUGUUGCCACUGUUCAAAAUAAAUUUCCUUUAUUAAGUAGUAAUUAAGGCAGAGCUCUAACAUAAUACGUAGCUAUGACAUUUUUCCGAUUUUUUCUGAAAAAUUUUUUUGCACGGUGAUUGGAAAAAAUAUCAGAUUCGUCGGUAGUGCAGAAACGGUGUACAGUUAUUGUAAAAAUAAUUUAUAAUAGAUUAAAUUUAUAAAUAUUUUGGGAGCAGAUGGAUUUGCGCAGUCAAAUCGUCUUAGUCGCAAUCUUAAUUAGAAACUUAAAUUAUAAUUUAUAUAUGAAAAAAAUUCGACAACCCGGAUUUCUGAAUGAAACAAUUAAAUAAUUUAUUGAAAUUAAAAAAAGAGAUUACUAGAUUUAAAAAUGGAAUAGAAAAAUAUUUUAAAAUUUGACAACAGAUUGACGAAAAGUUAUUACGCAGCUGUAAAAUAUAUUUUUUAAAUGGUAACCCUGAUAUUUUUUGCCACGUUUAUUAUAUUAUUUUCCAAAAAGAUUUUAAUUUCUGACGCAACUUUUAUGGAUUUUUACAGCUGCGUAUAGCUUUUUGAAUUAAUGAAUUAAAUGUUUAAAUAAUUUCAAUGAAAUGAAAUUGAGUUUUUUUAUAAUUUUUUCAAAAAAUUGUAGAUGGAAAUGUAUUGAAAAUUUGUAACUUAUAGAUUAUGCUUGAACAUAGCUAAGUUAGCUUAAGUGCGGUUUCUACCGUUUUUCGGCGAAGAGUCAGUGUAUUUUUUUUAAACUUAAGUUGUACUAAUAUUAUUAAAUGAUAGCAAUUGAAAUAUUGAAUCCGAAUAUAUGCAUAUAAAAUACAAA